GCUUCGGUUGUCUCUGCUUGACCCUUGGCAGAAAUAUCCAACCACAAAGCAUGCAUUAUCUCAAAUUCACCUCCCUCCUUGGCCUUUGUGGAGUCGCACUCGGUGCUUCCAACGCAAAGGCUGCCUCAGGCUGCGGCUCCUCCGCUCCUCCUUUCAAGCUUGGGAAGCUUAGCGAUAACCAAAACAUCACGACCAAGGACGGCAAACGAAGAUACCGCGUCUACCUUCCCCUAUCGUACAAGCAGUCACAGGAGACCCCCGUCAUCCUCUCGUUCCACGGCGCGAACGGAAACAUCGAGAAACAGUGCAAGCUGGACGGGCUGACCGAGGACUGGAGGAACAACAAGUACGUCGUGGUGUACCUGCAGGGCCUGGCCACGCCCGACGACCCCACCAGGACCGCGUGGCAGGUCGACCCGCGCGCCACGACCGACGACCUGGCCUUCACGGCCGCGGUGCUGGACGAGGUCCAGUCCCGGCUGUGCGUCAGGGCGUCGCAGGUCUACGCCGUGGGCAAGUCCCAGGGCGGCGGCAUGGUCAACCUGCUCGCGUGCGACGCCGCACUCAGCGCGCGCGUGGCCGCCUUUGCGCCAGUGAGCGGCGCCUACUACAUCCACAACACCUCGAAAGCGCAGUGCGACCGCAAGGACAGCAUCCAGUUCCCGGACUGCAGGCCCAGCCGCAAGAACAUGCCGCUCAUCGCCUUCCACGGCGGCGCCGACCCCACCAUCCCCUUUGACGGCACCCACCGCCGCGCCACAAACAGCUGCCUGCCCAGCAUCCCGCACUGGAUCAACGAGUGGGUGAAGAGGGAGGGGCUGGACGUGGCGAGCGGCAGGACGACGCCCAUCAAGGGCAGCAAGGACGGCGGGAACAAGACGGUGUGGGGUGGAGGGAGCAAGGGCCAGGUCGAGUUCGUGUACGACGGAGACACGAUCCCGCACGACUGGCCGAGCACGGUGCCAAACAGCGACAACGGGGGCGCGAACCUCACGUCGUUCAACGCCACCGAGUACAUACUCAAGUUCGUGGACGGCAGAAGCCUGUAAGUGCGAUUAGGGAGUAGAUAAACCUGAUUAGGGGCCAUGUGUAGGUAUGUAGGUAAAGGAUAGACUUGAGCAUGUAAUCAAACUGGUAUCUUGCAGAA